CAGAGUUGAACAAUGACCAUAGUUGACAAAGCUUCUGAAUCUUCAGACCCGUCAGCCUAUCAGAAUCAGCCUGGCAGUUCUGAGGCAGUCUCACCUGGAGACAUGGAUGCAGGUUCUGCCAGCUGGGGUGCUGUGUCUUCGUUAAAUGAUGUUUCAAAUCACACACUUUCGUUAGGACCAGUACCUGGUGCUGUAGUUUAUUCGAGUUCACCUGUACCUGAUAAAUCAAAGCUGUCACCACAAAAGGAUCAAGCCCUAGGUGAUGGCAUUGCUCCUCCACAAAAAGUUCUUUUCCCAUCUGAGAAGAUUUGUCUUAAGUGGCAACAAACUCAUAGAGUUGGAGCUGGGCUCCAAAAUUUGGGCAAUACCUGUUUUGCCAAUGCAGCAUUACAGUGUUUAACCUACACUCCGCCUCUCGCCAAUUACAUGCUAUCACAUGAACACUCCAAGACAUUCCAUAAUUCAUUCCCCACAGACAGCUUUCCUAUUAUUUUUGUGCUUAAUGAAAGUAGGGUGUGGAUGAAAACCCAGCACUUGCACUUGGACAGCAAGAGAGAGGACCAAGACAAAAUUCAGAAGCUCCUGGUGUCCAGAAUUAG